GGGACGACCUGAGCGAUGCUCAUGUAGAAUUAUCCCGCCCCGGCGAUGAUUCUCCAUGCUCGCGCCUGGGUCCUCCUUGCGCUGGGGUUCUGCUAUGCCGCGCGCGGAGAUGAGGAGUGUAUGGUGCCACAUCCCAGCAACGAGAACUGGACUCUCGAGGGAGCGGAGUUGCAGUACAAGCUGUUGCGCUUCUAUCAGAACCAAGGGCCCCCUCCCUUGGAGGAGGUAUUUCUGUCCACGCAGAACCUGACCACAGAAGUGCAGGAGAAGCUGAUGGGUGAGUGCCCGGGCCUGCUGAUUACAUCGUUCCUGGUCUUGGCGGAGGCCCAGCUCCCCAUCUCCCGGCGCCGCUCCGACGAGGCCUUGGCCAAGGCCGAUGCUCUAGCCUCGCGCCUCAGCGAGCGCAGCUACAGCGAGCAAGCAGAAAUUUGGCCCGUCGAGGAGGCUCUGCAGAGCUACCGUGCUGCGGCGGCUGCAGUCGCAUCUGGAGAUGACCGGGAGCGACAGGUGCAUAUGGUGAUUUGCCACUGCCGGGAGUCUUUGGAUUGGCUCCAAGGCCCCAGCUUUUACGUGCCCAAGAAGGGUGCAGCUGUAGAUGUCUUCAUCUACGAGAAGUGCAACUUCGAGACAAAUCUGGCCCUAUCGCAGAAGUUUCGGUCCGUGUCGCGCAUCAUCGUGGAUGACCAGGGCAUGCGAAGGGACGAAUGCUCCGGAUAUCUACGACAUCUCAUCGACCACUACCAGGAUCCUGCGGACUACACCUUCUUCUUCCAGGCUGAUGCGGAAGACCACAUGCACUUUGGGUACCUGUCUUUGGUUCUCAAGUCCAUCGAGCAGCACGCGCUGACGUCGGCCUUUGUGCACCUCAACUACCCCCGGCUCAUCACCUCCAUGUCCCCCUGCCGCGCGGAAGUCUUCCGCCAGCUCUUUGACAGAUAUCCCGGCAGGAACCUGGGCUCCUACUGCUGCGCGCAAUUUAUGGUCUCCAAAGAGCGGCUUCUCGCCAACCCUUUGGAGAGGUACCAGCGCAUGCAGCAGAUGCUGUUCAGCGACUCCCCGGCGGAAUGCCACGACAUCCCAGGGCACUCCACGCUGUGCCUCAUGUUUGAGGUCUAUUGGCACGUGCUCUUCGGUGAGCCGGACGUGCUUCCGCUACGCUCGGAGAACUCUCAGCUUCAGCUCUUUCUGCGAAUCCGGGAUCUCGAGAACGAGUCGUACCUGCCUCAAGGCUCCAUGUACCUCAAGCUGGCCUCGGAACGAGAGUAGCC